GUUACCAGCGGAGAGACACGGUAGAGUAGUGGAGGGUACUUUUUGGUGAUUGAGGGGGACCUACCGUGCCUCCCGCGGCAAAAGCGGUAGUUCCCUCCCCAGGACAAGUAUCUGUUUCGAAAUGUAACCCCGGGUGGUGGACAUAUCUGGAUAUUUAUAGGCUAAACAUAAAGAAAAUCGUCUAGAAGCAAGACAAUCCCGGAAAUAACAGACGUACCCUCAGCCGGUCACGUAGGCUACGCUACUGUAGCUUUGCGUUACAAAUAGAAACAUCUCAAGCUUCUGAAUAUCAGAAAACAUUUCAAUAGAAGACAAAUGUGAAACCAUUUCAAGAAAAAUCAUGAAUGAAAGAAAAACGGAGGCAAGGAGACUUUUUAAUAUGAAACUUUCCAAAGCUGUGACACCGCUCCUCUCUCGCAGCCUAGGCAGUUGUGCUGCACACUCGCUCUCUCACAGUGGCUCCCGAAAAAAAUGAGGCGAGGACGUGGGCUACGUGCGCAUCCAGCACUAGACGAGAUGAAAUGGAGAGCUUGGAACACACGGACCUUUUAAAUCCAAGCUCUUCCCACGGACACCACAGUUUUUCAGCCUCCCAUGAGAGAGUGACAAACGGUGAACACAUAUUCGGAGCUGCCGAGCUUCACCCUUUCCAAACCAACAUGGGACUAAAUGGACUGAACGGCUACUGCCAGGGCAUGGCGCCGGUUGGGAGCGCCACCGCCGCGGAAUUACUUUCAAAUCUGGCUUCGAAAACAAGCUCUUCUGGCAUCACGGUUUUAAAGAAACAGACGAAUACUGGGCUGCCGUUCUAUAACGGCGGGAUCGUGUCUCCGUCCGCAACCAUUGAGGGCAUCCACAGUGGGGUUUUGGCGCAAACUCCCAACGGUAACCCUCCGCUAGUGAAGGGGGUGGGGGAGACACUGAAUGGCCUUGCGCAACCCCUCGGCAACAGAGCAAGCCUCAUGGAGAACGGGGACAGAACACAACAUGAGAAAUGUGCUCUUCUGGUGAAGAGGGCCAAUGGUGACCCACGGGUCAAACAGCUGCACCAUCGGAAGCGGAGAGGCGAGGAGAACCGGGUCAUGGAUUCGGAGACGCCCAAAGGUUGUGGCUUGUCAGUGGGGUCAGGUUUAGGAUCUCUAGGUAUGAUGGCCUAUGGACCAGGCGAGUCGAUAACCCCGGACUGCAAACGGAGACGAGUGGCGGAGAGCGACGUUCACAAAGCGGAGCCCUCCAAACCCGGCAAGGCUGUCCUCCCGCUUGCUGGCAACGGCGACAACAGCAUCAACAAUAACCAUAGCAACCACAACCACUGCGCCACCCCUCACCUCCCUUUGUCCACCCCUCACAACAACAAGCUGCACCACAAUGGACACAAUGUGACGCUGCUGGGCCCCGGGGUUGUUCCAGGCCAGACGUCCCCGGUGGAGGCCAACAGCAUCCGGUCUCUACUGUUACCGGCCGGGGCGGGCUGGUCGGCGGAGCGUAUCGCACAGCAGUACAUCGUGCCCUGUAUGAAUUCCUACGGUAUCUGUGUGAAGGACAGUUUCCUGGGGCCGCGGCUGGGGGAGUCGGUGCUGGGCGAGGUGGAGCGUUUGAACCGCAGCGGGAAGUUCCAGGGGGGUCAGCUGGUCAGCCAGAGGAGCAUCCCCUCGCGGAGUAUCCGCGGAGACCAGAUCGCCUGGGUGGAGGGGCACGAGCCGGGGUGCGAGGGCAUCGCCAUGCUGAUGGCACACGUUGACGAGGUCGUGAUGCACAGCGCUGCCAACGGGAAGCUGGGGGACUGUGUCAUCAAUGGACGCACCAAGGCUAUGGUGGCCUGUUACCCAGGUAACGGCACGGGGUACAUCCGUCACGUGGACAACCCUAACAGUGACGGCCGCUGCAUCACCUGCAUUUACUAUCUCAACAAGAACUGGGAUGUCAAGGUUCAAGGAGGUCUGCUGCAGAUCUAUCCAGAGGGGAAGAGUGUGGUGGCCAACAUAGAACCGCUGUUUGACCGUCUGCUCAUCUUCUGGUCCGACCGCAGGAACCCACACGAGGUUAAGCCAGCCUAUGCUACACGCUAUGCCAUCACUGUCUGGUACUUUGAUGCCAAGGAGCGGGCCGAAGCCAAAGAGAAGUACAGAUUGGCAACCGGACAGAAAGGUGUUCAAGUGCCCGUCACUCAAAACAACAAAACCUAAAUCUCGUCCAAUACCCUGAGGGCUUUCUGGACGUGUAUGUGCCUACCUGCCCUGCUUUUGGACAUCUUAUUCUGUGGGGAGACGCUGUAAACCAUCAGGCCCUGCCCACUCUGGCUCUGUCAGUCAUCUGAAACAGCUCUUGAUUGGCUGUGAGGAGAUACGGCAGCAUCUGAUUGGUUGGUUGAGGGAAAGAGCGCGGAGAUAGAACACUGUGGAAUCAGUUGGUGAAUGGAGCGAGGCAGGGUCAAACUAACUCAGGUGGCAUAAGGGCCGAAGAGGAUGAAGAUGACGCCUCUUCAUCAGAAAAGUCAGAAAGUCAUUAAAGACAACAAACAGAAUGGACAGACUCUUGUUUUUCAGUUUUUGCCUUAUCAAUAAUCAGCGCUGUUAUAAUAUCAUCAGAAAGCAAUCUUCUCUGCUCUCGCAAACGUUCCAGCUCAGUCAAAAGAUCAGGGGUAACAUACAAUAGACUUUUGUCCAAUCAGAAAGCAGGCCUAAGGAGACAGGAGCACCCUCUGCGGGGUCGGAGGAAAGCGAUUGCAUCCGGUUUUCAGGGGAAACUGAAAAAGAGCCUGUGAUGCGACUUCCGCUUUUGGACAUUAACAAGACGACACUCCAUCUUAACUCAUCCUCCACAUUUACUAGAUUGGUUCAACAGUGCAGAAGAGAACCUCCGCCAAGUUUUUUUUUUUCUCUCAUCAGGUUAAGACUGGACAGUUAGGGAAAUGUGAUUGGAGGUCCUGACCAUCACACACAUCGUGACACAUCCAGCAUGUUGCCUCAGCUACACCCAGCCAUCAAUCAACAAUGCACCGUUAAAGAGGAAGUGACAUCACAGGAAAUGCUCCUUUACAUAUCAUACAGUAGUGUGGCAUUCAGCUCUCCCAGCAUUCAUGUUGUUGGAGACCCUGUUAUGGUAGCCACCUGCCACCAGUGUACAGAAAAGACUGAAAACUUUAACGCAGAGAAGCAUGAAGACUCUUUAAUAACUCAACUUUAACUCAACUAGUCAACAGAAAAAAGUGCUUUCACAGCCUCAUCAAUAAUGUUUGUUCAUGCGACAGUCCGUGAGAAACAUACUGAAGAAUCUAAGGAGUGUGUAAUGUCAGAAAGCAAUAGAACAAUUCCAAGAGCGUGUUUUUGUUUGUGAACGUUUUUGAAGAAGGCACCUACACAAAGCUCACACAGACACUUCCAUAAAAACACUGGAACCUGUGCAAGCCCAUCGAAAUAGGGUUUGCUGAAUGUUAUGGGGUGCAUUUUGUUGAAGUGUGUAGAACUGUUUGCAUGUGUGUGUGUAUGUAUGUGCGUGAGUGUAAGAAAAUGUACUGUACAAGCAACCCUGUUGCUAGUAUGUUGGUGGUCCCAAUUGCACCUGUAAGCCCCAACCCUCCCUGUACCAAGACUAGAGGCUGCAUCAGCACUAUCAACAUCACCUACAGUGCAUUCUGGUCUACUCAAACAUACAAUAGAUUGGACACGGUUCACCACAACAUCUGAAUCUAACCUAACCCAAAACCUCAGUCAACCUUGUUAAACUCCACAGAAGCAAAUGUUAAUGCACAGAAGGGUCUGUGUGAAACUACUGCAGAGUGUGUGUCUCUGUGUGUGUGUUUAACUAUACUUGUGGGGACCAGAAGUUUCCACAAGAAUAGUAAAUAAACAACAAUUUGACCAACUGGCGACAUUCUGUUAGUCCCCACAAGGAAAAAGUAUAUUUCUAUGGGGUUUAGGGUUAAGGUUAAAAUUAGGGUUAGAAUUAUGGUUAGGGUUAGGGGUUAAAGGUUAAGGUUAAGUUUUGGGAUUAGGUUAGGAAAAUAUGAUUUUGAAGGGGAAUCAAUUGUGUCCCCCCACAAGGUUAGUGAAAUGUGUGUGUGUGUGUGUGUGUGUGUGUGUGUGUGUGUGUGUGUGUGUGUGUGUGUGUGUGUGUGUGUGUGCACCCUUGCAUUGAAUGGGGGUGGGGAUGCGCUUGACUUUGUGUGUGUGUUAGACAGGGUAAGAGAGAAGUAACAAAUAUCAAUUUUCAGAAAUGCAAUCUGUGAAUGAUAACAGAGUAAAUUUAGAAAAUGCUUUUAUGCUGUGGAUAAUAUGGUUAUUGAGAUGCAAUAGUGACUAAAACAAUGAGAACAAAACAUUUUGCCAAAUUUGUUUCCAGAAUUUUGCAGUAUUGAAUUAAAACAUGUUUUUGUACAAGAA